AUGAUUAGCUUCAUUGAUUACUUAUGCUUCAUGGAAGAAUAUCUUCGAGUCGAACGGGUGAACGAUAGCCGUCAGCACACAUCGUCAUUGUUGACUCUGCAACUUGCCGCUUCCAAGGCGUCGGGCGGUGGAGCAAUUGCCGCCUCUAUUCGUGCCUCAGGCGGUUACCAUCGUCACUCCGUCGCGCCCCUCCCAGCUUCUUUCGACCUUUGA